UGUUAGUUUCGGUAUGUAUCGCCUUGGUAGUUUCUCACGAUUCGUUACUGGAGUGCGAGUUGGUAGUGCUAUCUGGUCUGGUGAUAGCCUCUCGUUUUUACAUUUCUGUAUACGGGAUUGGAAUCCGUGGAGGAGUUUUGAUUGUUUUUUACAGUCAGCAGGUAAAAGAACUGUCAUGAAGUGUUGCUUCCCCUUCUGCACUGAGCCUGGUGGUCACAAGUUCCCUGCUGAUAAAAAGCUGCGACAAGCAUGGAUAAAUGCGAUUAAGAGGGAAGAUCCCAAGACAAAGAGGCCCUGGAUUCCGAGCAAAUAUUCAGUGGUUUGCAAGAACCAUUUUAAUGCCAAGACUGACUUUGUUAUGCUGGGACACUUUGCUCCGACCUCACCACCCCUGCGCGAGCCCAGAACCGGCGACUCGCUAACUGCGGUGCCACGCUCCAGCACGCCGUGCGGCCUGUGCGAUGAACCCCGCGCCAGACUGCGCGCCGACGCCGAACUGGAGCACUCCGGGCUCACGCUCGCCGACCGGCUGAUCGCCAUGAGCCCGCGUCUGCGCCGCCUGCGCCAAGCUUGUGCGCGAUUGGGACGACUUGAUGACGCGGGCGCUCCGCGUGCGUGUGCUCAUCGAGUCCAUUAUCAGUCGCAAGACAGCUGCCGCCACCUGUCGGCAGGUCGAAGAGACAAACGAUGCUCGCGCCACCACCAUCUUGGACAACGCCACAAACUUAACGUACGCCAUCGCGGACGGGACUGCAAAUCCCGUAAACACUAGCGCCAUCUACAGCUACUCUUCCGCUGAGGACGACACCAUCUCCGAAACCAUAGCGUACUCAGAGACGGGCUUCGCUGAUGCUGUCGAUCCUGAGCCGCCUGCCGCUGCGGAGGAGGACCCAGACGAAAUAGGCGACGUUCAGGACGGAGAACCGAGCGUCGCGCCGGGCCCGUCGGCGGGCGGGGCGCUGCGUCGCUCGAGCCGGCUGCUCGUGCUCACGCUGCGCUCUGGGUGGAACAGCAGCCGCCGCCGGUGCUCGCCAAGCACCGCCAGGGACGCCCCAAGCCCGCAGGUCCGGCGAGCCUCGUUCAGACGAAAGCCCGGCCCAAGGCGGAACAAGCGCGCGCCGUUGAAAAAGAAGCCCGGACGGCAGAAGCGGGAGGCCGCGAUCAACCUCGCCGAGUGUGUGCUAGGGCAGUUCGAAUUCAUCACCAAGGACGAAGAAGCCAAAGGCUUUGGAAAAACGCGAGGAACUGUCCGCGACACUUCGGAGCCGUAUCACCAGGAUUUAUCCGGAGGCAUUGCCUUCUGUGGCGCAAGUGGCUACCACCCCAGAGUCGGGUGACGGCGCCCCGGUUACGCCAGGGGACCAUGAUGGACUGUGCUUGCCUAUACAUGCUCUCCCUGUGCCGAGGAUGUUGGUGAAGCAGUCAGACGGGUCGGCGGCUCUGGCCGUGCAAGCCGUGCUCAGGAGGUCAGGGAAGUCCGGCGCGCUCGAAGUGCAUUUCGUGAGGCUCGACCCCGCCCGUUUGGCGGCCGGCGCGCACCCAGGCGAUCCUCUCGUAGACGGCGAGGCGGCGCCGGACCCGCUUGGGCUGAGACCUGUCGGCGACGGCCUAUCUCCGGCGCGCAGUGACCUGCGCCUUGCCGGCAGAGCCGCUCUGCGCCUCCGCAGAGCCAGCCUGGACGUGGCCUCCUCAGCGAGUGGCGCCCGGGCCGGAUGGCGCCGGCGGGGCGGCCGGGGCGGGCCAGACGUCGGUCGGCUGGAUGACG